UCAAAACAGAAAAUGAUCGAUUUACUUUUUUUCCCCACUGUUGUCGCUUGGUUCCUCUGUUUGUUACGCAGCUUCCAGCUUGCUUUUCUAGCAAUUACAACUAAAAACGGUCAUAAAACGGGGCUAGAUAGAACUCUGGUCCAUCUUCGAAUAACUAUUUUCAUCGGUGCGUAUCAAUGUAGUGCACUAUAACGUGAACAAAGUGAUAUAAUCCGUGCAUAAGAGAUUACGAACAUCGCCAUAGAAAGAAACCAUCAGCCAAGUUAUCGAAUGUUGCAAUUAAUUGCUGAUAGCAAUUUGCUUCUAAAAACACUGUAACGCUGUAGGAAUCUUGCGGAAACAAUACGAUUGGAUCAUCGAAAUUCUGUUUCGUGCCCGAUCGUACCAUUGCCAAGGGUGUUGUUUCUUGUCCCGUUCCCAACUCCAGUUCUAUAAUUGAACGACGCACGACGGGGCGUUUCCGAUUGGAAUCGGAAGUAAGCUCAACCCACCGAACUAGUUCUGGCCACUGGUACGAUAUGAUGGUUCCGUUUCGACGUAAGAAAACGAACAAACAGUUUCCAGUGAAAGUAUGCACCUUUGAUUCGGAACUCGAAUUUCACCUUGAGCAUCGAGCAACAGGUAGAUACUUGUUCGAACUGAUAUGCCGAACUAUCGGUCUGCGUGAAACAUGGUACUUUGGAUUACAGUUCGAAGAUUCCAAAGGGAAUCUGUCGUGGCUGAAGAUGGAUAAAAAAGUACAGGAUCAGAGCGUACACAUGACAAACGGAAGCUGUAUGUUUAUAUUCUUGGCUAAGUUUUUUCCUGAAAACGUGGCCGAAGAACUGGUGCAGGAAGUGACGCAGCAUUUGUUUUUCCUGCAAAUUAAACAAGCCAUUCUGUCGAUGGACGUGUACUGCCCUCCAGAAGCAUCCGUAUUGCUUGCUUCAUACGCCGUGCAGGCUAAGUACGGCGAUUAUGACGAAGCCGUGUGCAAACCGGGAAUGCUGAUCAGCGAAAAUCUGCUACCGCAGCGUGUGAUUGAUCAGUACCAAAUGACGCCUCAGAUGUGGGAAGAACGCAUCAAAACUUGGUACGCAGAUCAUCGAGGCAUGUCCAGGGACGAGGCAGAAAUGGAAUAUCUUAAAAUAGCUCAGGAUCUUGAUAUGUUUGGUGUAAACUAUUUUCCUAUUACGAAUAAGAAAAACACAGAAGUUUGGCUAGGUGUGACGGCGUUAGGAUUGAACAUAUACAACAAGGAAAACAAGCUCCUACCAGUGACGACCUUCCAAUGGAAUGAGAUUUUACACAUCAGUUUCGACGAUCGAAAGUUUGUGGUCAAAACGAACGACAGCAAAAAUCCCAAACCUGUGAUAUUCUACUCGCAAAAACUUCGUAUCAACAAACUGAUACUGGAUCUGUGCGUGGGAAACCAUGAUCUUUAUAUGAAACGCCGUAAGCCCGACACGAUGGAAAUUCAACAAAUGAAAGCCCAAGCAAAGGAGGAAAAGCAACGGCGGCAAGUCGAGCGGAAUAAGCUAACACGCGAAAAGCAACUGCGUGAGGCGGCGGAGCGAGAAAAGGCUGCAAUGGAACAGAGACUAAUGCAGCUGCAGGAGGAAAUGCGGGCGGCCAAUGAGGCAUUGCAUCGAAGUGAAGAAGCAGCGGAAUUGUUGGCGGAAAAAAAUCGGCUUGCCGAAGAGGAGGCAAUGUUACUGUCGCACAAGGCACAGGAGGUAGAACAGGAAAUCAAUCGUAUGCGUAUGACGGCACGCAAAACGGAAGAGGAAAAGAUGUACCUGGAACGAAAGACACAAGAGGCGGAAUUGCUCACUGCUCGUAUGAUGGAGGAAUCUCGCAAGAGAGCACUAGAGGCCGAUAAGCUCAAAAAUGAGCUUAUACACGCACGGGUGGCAGAGAAGGAAGCAAAGGAAAAGUUGUUAAACUUUCUGAGCCGAACAUCCACCGAAUCGAUACUCAUAACUCCUUCUUCAUCCCCGGAAUCUCCUAUGCAUGAAAUGCAUUCUUAUGAUCUCUUGGCUGAUGGUGACAUGGAACAACUUUCGUUAGAAAUCGAAAAAGAACGGGUUGAAUACUUGGCCAAAUCGAAACAGGUACAGAACCAGCUGAAGGAACUGCGUUCCGAAAUAGAACAACUAAAAAUUGGUGAGAAUCAAUGUCCACUGGAUGAUAUCAAUGCCGAGCAGUUGCGGCUAGGUGAGACAAAAUAUUCCACCCUGAAAAAGGUUAAGUCCGGUUCAACAAAAGCACGAGUAGCAUUUUUUGAAGAACUGGAGCCGGAAGAAUCGAUAGUAUAAUCCAUCGCGGGUAUUACAAUCUCGCAACCACCGCCACAUCUCAGGAAUGACAACUAUUGUAAGGUGCCUUGUAAAAAUAUCAAACAUAUCAAAUUGAUGCGAAAAAGAAACAAACCCUUAGAAACGUGCAAAUGAAACAUCAUUGUCUUAUGACGAAAUACAUCGACAGACUGCCAGUUGCCUCCAACAGUUUUGAAGAAUGAAAUUACUUUACUGAAACAUACGAAGCCAUGUUUAAUCGUUGACAAUAAAAUCGAAUUCUAUGAUUAGUAGA